UGGAACAAUGAUCUCCAACAGGAAAUGAUGGCUCGUGAGCACACCGUGUUGGAGCAAGCGAAGGAGGAAGCCAAGAGUUCCGCCUUUCGAAAAGAGGUUCUCGAAGUGACGUUCCUCUUCUUGGUUCUGUGUCUGGAGUUCAACCCGCAGGUAAAUUCUUCAGACUACCCUGACGAGCGCUGGAGGACUGUCCUCCCCUGGGUACUUUCGCUUCACUCUCUCGACACUGAGAGAUACAAAGACAAAGCGGCGUGGAUAAAAGGAAUGAUCGGCCCGUUUAGGAAAAUAUGGCGAGAGGUGCACUCUUAUCACGAUGAGGAUAAUCCUAGUUGUUACGAAUACCAUCUGGCAUUAGUUAGAAAGUUACAUUCCAGGUUCUGGACUCACCGUGAUGAAAUUAGUGAACUUUUUGGUGAUGAUAACACGCAGCAAGAAAAUUAUAUUUGUGAACUACUGAAGAGAGCCAUUAUCAAGUCAUGUGAGAAAAAUAUGCCUCUCUUCUUACACCUGCUGUCAUGCGUGGAUGGCGUCAAACUUAGUGAGAAGAUUAAUGCAGUGUGUGGAGGAUUCCCGCUUCACAACGCAGCCCUUCACAACAAUAUGCCUGCAGCCGGGUAUAUUCUGAGCAAAGGAGCCUCACCUGGGGUACAGAACCGCUUCGGCAACACACCUGCCCACUACGCGUACAUGUUCGGGCACCAGGAGGCUGGGGACUUCUUAAAAACUGACUUGGUUAACAACAAAAGCCUUCCUGUUGAAUAUAUGCUUGAAAGAUAUAACCAUUACCUGAAACUGUAUAAACUGGACUUAACUGGAUUACAGAAAAGAAAAAUGCAAAGAGAUAAUACUGCCUCUCAAAUCAUACAAGAACAUUUACGAAAUCUAAAAAGAAAUUGGAUGGAAUAUAGCAUAGAUCAAGCUGUCAAAGAAUGCCACGUAGAUUUUACACGUGGUGAAUCUCAUAAAAUUCAAACAGCCGUUUCAGACUUUUAA